UUUUAACACUAAUAACGUUUGGUUUGAAAUGUAAUAAAUUAUAAUAUGUGUUUUUAGGUCAUAUUUAAAAAAAAACAACAGGAACAAAAUGUGUUUUUAUAUUAACAAUUACGAUAUUUUAUUGAACUUUACAUAAAACUAAGUAACUUCAACAAAACAACAAUUAUAAUGGAAGAAUACUUAACGACGACGAUCACCAAAUUGAAAGCCAACAAUUACAAUGAGUUGACCCUAGUUCUUGGCAACGAGAGUUGUGACCUGGACUCUGCUGUGAGUGCUCUGGUGUACGCCGCGUUCCUUCACUGGCAGUACUCCCAAAUAAAAUGUAAAGCUUGCACCAGAAAAUACAGAGACGAAAGCUACAAGGACGAUAUCUUCGUACCCAUCCUCGACGUGGAGAGAAAUGAUUAUCCUAUAAAGACGGAUGUGGUGUAUUGUUUGAAGAAACACGGCAUCGAUGAAACAAAUCUGAUAUUCAGAGACGACAUUGACAUCCGUCAGUUAGUGACGAAGAGUAAGAUGAGUGUGGUGCUGACCGACCACCACUUCCUGUCGCGGAGGUACGACUUCCUGUCGCCCUUCGUGUCGGAGAUCAUCGACCACCGGCCGGUGGUGAACGCGUCCUUCAACGACAUCCGCACCACCAUACAGACGGUGGGCUCGUGCUGCACCCUCGUCACGCACAGGAUACGAGACCUCACCAACCUGCUGGCCAAGGACGGAGACUUCUUCGGCGCCUACCCCGUGACCGCCGACUUGUUACACAGUGUGAUCUUGCUGGACACCGCGAACUUCUCCAAGGAAGUGAACAAAGCGACUCCCAGCGACGAGGACGCCGUGUUGUAUCUCGAGUGCCUCAUAAAGCCAGCGGACUACCAGAAGGAGAGGUCCUCGAAGGUGCUGCAGCUGUUAUCGGCUCGAGGCGACGUGUCCUCCCUCAGCUCCUCGCAGCUGCUGAGGAAGGAUCUCAAGAUCCUGGGAGACGUCCUUGUACCGAGCUUGCCGGUACUGGUCAAGGAUUUUCUUCAGCGGCCGGACUGCACGGCGUCCGUCGUUGAAGCGUUGAAGACGAACCACUGCGCCGUCGCUUUACUCCUCGGCAUGGACUUGACGAAGGAGCUGCAGAGAGACGGAGCUGUGAUCGGACUCACUGAAGACAAGGCGACUCAGCUGUUCAAGUACCUCGCGGGGUUUUCGUCGCUGGGCCUGGUCCGCGGGGGCAUGGCUGGUGGGGUUUACUUCACGCAGAGCGACCUGUCCGCCACCAGGAAGCAGUACAUGACCAUGCUGGCCAACUACAUAGGAAAUAAAUAACUAACACACUGAA